GGAUUGGACCGGUUGAUCACUCUAAAGUUGGUGGUUUACUGUAUCGCUGGAGAAAAUCGUGUCGGAGCUCCGCACAGCUAGGCUACUAUUGUCAAACGGCCAAUGAGGUAAAAGCGGGGCGGAGAACAGUCGACGAUUGUACUACGGGCAGUAGAGUAGCCUACUGCAAACAGCUGUGGAAGAGUCUGCUUUGUACACGCGUUUCGCUGAUCUGGUCAAUGGAUUACACAGUUUCCCUACAAGUGCAACAUCAACUGACUGUCUUCCCGACACACUUGUACCAGGGUUCCAGUUUGGAGUUACAGAUGAAGUCUACAGAAGUGGACCAAGGGCUUUUCACAGACACCUACUGCAAAGUGUGCAGCGCUCAGCUCAUCUCCGAGUCCCAGAGGAUCGCCCACUACGAGAGUCGGAAACAUGCCAAUAAAGUACGGCUGUAUUACAUGCUACACCCCGUGGAUGGAGGUUGCCCAGCUAAGAAACUCAGAACAGACAAUGGAAGUGAGGAUGGAGACGUGGACAAGAACAAGUGCUGCACGCUGUGUAACAUGUCCUUCACCUCAGCAGUGGUGGCACAGUCACAUUACCAAGGCAAAAUCCACGCCAAGAGAUUAAAGCUGCUGCUGGGGGAGCAGCCUGCCAUCACAGCCAAAGAGGUGCCGCCCAGUCCGGUGAAAAGUUCCCUGGAAACGACCCCGGUGACCUCUCCUCGGCAGCGCAGGGACUCAGACCGCUACUGCCAGCUAUGCAACGCCUGGUUCAACAACCCGGGCAUGGCGCAGCAGCACUACGACGGCAAGAAGCACAAUAAAAACGCAGCUCGCGCCGACCUCCUGGAACAGCUGGGCAAGACCCUGGACAUGGGAGAGAUGAAAGGUCUGAAACGUAGCUAUACGUGUGAAGUCUGCAAUGUCACACUCAACUCUGUGGCACAGUACCAUGCACAUCUGCAGGGCUCAAAGCACCAAAACAACCUGAAGAAUCAGAUAUGUGUCCAGUGAAUCUUGAAGAACAAAAUAAACCAUUGGAUUGAUGUCAGACAAGCUGUGGUCAGCUUGCCCCGCUUUUUCUGCCUCUGCUCUGCUUUCUCUCUCUACCACACACACAAACACACACACACACACACACACACACACACACACACACACACACACACACACACACACACACACACACACACACACACACACACACACACACACACACACACACACACACACACACACACACACACACACACACACACACACACACUCUCUCUGUCUCUGUCUCUGUCUCUCGCUCUCUCUCUCUCUCUGUCUCUCUCUCUCUCUCACUGUCUCUCUCUGUCUCUCACUGUCUCUCUUUGUCUCUCUCCCUGUCUCUCUCCAUGGCCCUGCUGGUAUACAGUAGGAGAACAAGGGAUUUUGUAAUGCUCCAUCUCCACAGCAUCUCUCUCACCUGUCAAUGUAAAGCUUCUGCAGAACUCUUCUCAUUUUGGCCGUGUGAUCAUCAACAUUCCACACUAACAGAUUUUAAAGACAAUGGUCCAACAGCAUAAAAGUUGAUCGUAUAAAGGAACGGUCCCCUCAAUGCAUGAUGAAACGAACAACCUGCAACUUCAUGCUAACUAUGCUUUUUACUUUAGCUGUGUUAGAGGAAUACUCUGGGGCAUUUUGACUUGAGGAAUACAUCGUUUUUUGUAGUUUCUUUACCCUGAAACAGAAAAUGUAUAAGAGAACUUAUAUGUAGGUAAUAUAUUGUUUUUAGAUUUUAUUUAUGAAUCAUUUAUUUUAUCAAUUGUAUUUGGAUUUCCAUCAGAAUUAGUUUUUUCUUUCAGAAUAAUGUAUAACGUUAUAAUAAUGGUUUAAUGAUUGGGUCUACAGUAUGCUACAGUAUGUAUUACCAUACAAUCUUACAAUAACAUAAUAUCCCUGGUGGACAAAAGGUUUUGUUGGCAAUAAUAGUGAGAGUUUGAGAAAUGCCUUUGAACAUAAUAUAUAUUUUUAAAUUUUUGGAAUUGAUCUUUCUGCGUCCCUAGCAGUCUUGGAAGGAGAACCUAGAUAGGGAUCUAUGUUGUCAGUGUUCCAGGUCUCAACAUGUGUUCUCUGUUCCUCCAUGUGGUUUUGAGGUUCAUAUGUGGUCUUCGUCUCAGGGAGGUCCCAUUGAUUACUAUUGUUCAGAUUCAUGAUUCAGAUUCAUCAACUGUUUUAAAAUAUUACUACGUUCGUGUUCACUGAAUUCAUUCCAAAAAAGCCUUUUAGAAUAUGUAAGUAAUACAGCCAAUUACAGUAAAUUUGAAUCAAACCAUGUUAUUCUGUAAUGGUGUAAAACAUUGCUGUUAUGAUGAUGAUGUCUUAUUCAGAGAUGGAGAGUAUUUAAAAAGCAAUCCAACUUUAAUAUACAACCUUAUUACAACAUUCUGUAGCAACUCUUUCAUUCUAAUAUGUUAUAUGAACAUCAAAGCUACGUUAUGACAGUGGUUCCUGUUGCCAUAGCAGGUAUUUUAGUAGACAUGUCUAUUUGUUCUUACUGUUGUGGAUUAAACAGUUUAUUGGUAAUUGGGAAAGCAGAUGUAUCUUUAUACAGAUAUAAGUUAUUUAUUUUCCUGUCAGUACAGUGCAGUCAGUGUCUGUCGACAGCAAAGAUGUGUUUGAUCAAUAGCCUUGAUAAAUGUGUUAAAAUGUAUUUUUGUGCUAAUUUAUAAAUAACUGAUCUGUUUGUUUUGAAAGUACCAACGUCUGGAAUUGUUAGACCAGUUGAAACCAAGCCUUUUUAGAUGUUUUGAUAAGACUUCAACCGUUUUUAUUUACUGCUUACUCAACAACAACAAAACACCAAAGCAUGUUCAUGGGCGUUAGAGAGAUGGAGAGAGAAACUCACAAACAUACAACAAAUAUUUCUGAAUUCCACACCAACUGAAGCUGGCUCAACUGAGAGCCAUCCGCCUUGUGAGAUGCCACAGGCAAAAAAAAUACAAAAGAAUGUACAAAGUGUUUUUACUAUUACAAGCAACUUAUGAUGUACUCUGUGCACGAAUGAUUUACUAAUUAAUGCAACUCUGCAAUCCACUGAAUUGCUUUGCUCAACCCAGGUCAUACCGUUACAUUCUGCCCAACUUUUGCAUUGGAUCUAGUGUCUCUCCCUCGAUCUCCAGAGGAAUGCCACAUCUCAUACACCCUACUCACUUUGUGCGCUCUCUGGGUUAUGUACUAUACUGUGUCUGAAAAAUAAUAAAAAGACACUUGCAACUAUACUAUA